AUGCUUACGUGGACCGCGCGAGGUGCUUUAAAUGUCACAAACUCGGGCACUGGGCAAGAGAAUGCACUGCCUCCUGAGAUAGCUCAGAGCGUAAAAAAUCCGAAGAUGAAUGAUAAGAAAUUAGAGGAAGAGGAAGAAAGGAAACAUCAUCGCAGCCUUUCACAAAAAUGGACAGCAUUUAUUGAAAAUACCACUUUGCAUGGUAUAAGGAAUGUUUUACCAUCGCAAAGACCAAAAGUCUCCCGAGUGGUUUGGUCUGUUGUAAUGCUGACCUUUGGCGCAUAUUUUAUUUACACCUUUUAUAAGGCAGUGAACAAAUACCUUCAAUAUCAUACUGUCACCUCGAUAACCAAGAAUUACGAACAGAGUAUGUCGUUUCCGGCAGUGAGUAUUUGUCCUGACAAUUUAUUCAGCAGAAGAAAAAUUAUGAUGCGGGACGACGAUCCCUUUUUUGCAGCCCAAGGCCUAAAUAUGAGCGCAUGCGAGGUUACUAGGGAGUUACGUCAGAGGGAGAUGAAAAACAUGUCUUGUGGAUUAGCAAUGAUCUGCUGCUGUGCCUUUUUUGGUUAUAAAACAAAUCCAAUUUAUUACCCCAACUGCACUAAACAGAGAAGGAGUGCAUUGCAAAAAGCACUUGAAGAAUCUGGGGUUCUUUUCAACAUGGAACAGUUCUUCACAGUCUUCAGCCCGGAUUCAGCAGAAAUGCUAUCUCAUUAUUUUGGAUGCCUCUUCCAAUGGAGUGAAAACUGCAAUCACUCAGAUUUUGAAACCGAAGUGACACAAUAUGGAAUAUGCCAUACUUUUAAUUCUGGCAAAAACAAUCGAUCCAAAGUUUCCUAUAGGGGUGGAGUGAGCAGGGGACUGGCAAUAAUGCUGAAUGUGAGUCAGUCAGAUUACACGCUUGGCAACAAGAUAGCACAAGGGUUCUCCAUAUCGAUCCAUGCCCAGGGAGAAAGCUUCAAUGCCUUUGAUGAUGCAUUUAGUGUAAUGCCAGGGACAUAUGCUACCAUUUCGCUUUCAGAGCAAAGAGUAGGUUUGGUUUAUGUCUUUCUUGAUUUAAUGUUCUUUGCCUUCAGGAGAUUUAACAAAAUAAGAAAAAGUGGUAUCACUUUAACCUAGAGGCAAAUUUUCGUUUCGGAGAUUUCGUUUCUCACACGUCCAAAUGCUGUUUAUUUGAAAAUGUUGACAAAGUUGACUUAGAAAGGUUAGGAUGCAGUGACCGUCCCUCCUUAACUUGAAUUGCUUGAAAAGGUUGAGCCUACGUUUAGAAGUUCUGAUUAUUCGUUGGUAACUGGUACUAGCUAUUUUUACUUUCUUACACCUCAGUUUAUAUCAUUCCUUUUAUUAAGCUAUUUUUAACCAACUCCUUAAAGUUUAUGAAAAUGGUAUUAAAGUUCUCUUUCGGCAAAAAAAGGAAUAAUGACGAUGACCUUUCAAGUUUUUGUUUGUAAAGAGAAAUAAAUGUCGCAGCUUCUGAUAAUGAUGAUGACGGUGAUGAUGAUGAUGUUGAUGAUAUCAUGAUUUUCUUUUUCAUUCAAAGUUCAAGCAUCUUGAUAGAUAUGGCAAGAAGUGCAAGACAAUGAAAUUGAAAAGUUUUUCUCGAUAUACUACAGACGGUUGCCUGGAGGAGUGUUACGCUAAACGUUAUAUGGAAUACUGUGGCUGUCGUCCGGCGGGUAUCACUGGUAUAUAUCAGCAGUCCCCACCCAAUUUCUUUUAAUGUUUUACUUUAUGUUGUAAAUGUUCCGAUCCUGUGUCUUUUGAAACUAUCACUCUUACUUUGAUAAAAAUAUAAAUUCUUCUCCAGGGUACAUUAUAAGUGUAUGUUCGUCAAAGAAAAUACGUUGAAUGACAGGUUUUGCUUUUUUGGUUGGUCUUGCCGGAUCCACUAUUACUGUUUUAUGUUCCGGUGGAAAAUCGCGAGCUGACAAGAUCAAAAUUGUGGUGUAUGGCUACAGAAAAACGGGAAACAGUAUUAAAAUCAGCUUUAAUUUCAAUCAUCUGAUUCUAUAUCGCAUUUCUGUGUGGUUAGUAAGUUUGGUUUUUUUUUUUUAAAAAAAUCAAUUUCUCGAAGACAUGACGUCUCUUUCACUUUCAUUGCAACAAUCGACCAUCGAAAUAAUGGCGGAAUGUCCAAUCAAAAAUUCACGGCAAUCAAAAUCAUCAGAAUUACCUGUAAGUUCGCACCUAAAAAUUGACGCAAAUGUAUUUUUAAGGGAUAAAGAAUCAACAGACCUGUAUUUUUAAGGGAUAAAGAAUCAACAGACCUGAUGUCAUUACUGUUAUUCAAGAGCUGGCAAUCACUGAUAAUCGCUAUCGGAAAUCAAUAAAAUUCAUGUCUGAAAUGCAAUGAUUUAAAGUUUAUUAGCAGUUUGCCGAAAUGUUUAUAAGGGGCUCCGCUUUUAGGCUUGUCUAAUUCUAAAUAAUUCUAUAUGUUAACCGUGUUGCAAAAUGUUUCAUCAUUUUUAACUGAUAAUAAUAAUAAUAAUAAUAAUAAUAAUAAUAAUAAUAAUAAUAAUAAUAAUAAUAAUAAUAAUAAUAAUAAUAACAACAACAACAACAUUAAUAAAGGCCAGAGUUUGCCAGUGGCGUGUUUGCUGUUCCAGCGAAUUAUUCCAUUUGCAAUAGGCCGUUCAUAUCGUUCUCCCCUAUCUGCUGCAAUCUCUUUUUAAAAAAUAAACUAACUAAAUUAAGCAAAAACUAAUUAGGACUAAACUGACUUAACCAACUUGUUGCUUUCUUUUAAUUCAGGAUCCAGCAUUGAAGUUUGCCAACAGAAACAUGUAGAUUGUCUUCAUGGUCUUAAAGGUUGAUGACGAGAAAUAACUUUAAAGUUAUCUUUGUUGGUUUAAAAUUUAUUUUCCUUUGUUUUUUGGUAUGGCAAUUGAGGGUCAUAAUGAUUGACUAAACCAACAUAAUUGAUCCACAACAUGAAAUUUCACUCAUUUAUGACACAUGUACAUUGUAAAUAAGCUUCACCUCAAUAAAAUGUUUAGUCAACUGAUUAACUAAACCAAACAGCAAUCACUAAGUGAUACGCCGAUCCACCCAUUAACGCGCGACGCUCGGCCUCUUACUAACGAACUAAGGAGACAGUUUCAUUCAUGUGUUGUGUGUGCACCAAGGCAUUCAAAGGUUUUUACUCAGUGAGAGACUGUACUUUUCUAACAUUGCUGCUUUCUUUUAUUAUUCUGUAGACACAGUGAAAUGUGACUGUCCACUCUCUUGUAAUCAGACAAAAUACAAGGCGGAAAUAUCUUUCUCCAAACUCCUUGAUCAUGACAAGACAAUCUCUGAUCCAGUCAGUAAUUGGUUCAGUGAUGUCAACCAGGAUAGGUAGAGUAAUACCUCCUCUAUUAAGGCCCCUUCCAAAUAAGCUCACCUUUUUUAAAAAGCGCCCCCCCCCCCUCUCGAUCAGGGGAAGAACGUUAUUAAGCCCCCUUCUCCUCUCCCUCCCUGUUCCUCACUACCAAAUUAAUAUAAAAUGGACUGAUCCAGUGUGGGUUAUUCAUAUCUGGAAGUUAGGAUCUUUAGCUCCAAGACCUCUAACGUCAUCUCCCUGAGCAUUUCCACUUGAUUUCGUCUUUGUUUAUGGAGAAUUGAUACCAUCGUCUGUUUGUUUGAAAAAGUAGUAUGGUCCCCUAUUUCGGUUAAUUGAUUAAGUCCCCCUUAUCAAAUAAGCUCCCAUGUUUGUAAAACAAAUUUUAGCUGCACAAUGCGUCCGUGUAGUAUCUGCCGUUUAAAAAAAGAAAAGGAAAAGAAAUUUUACAUCUUUGAGGUUUUGUAUUUGAAUUUUGCAGGCGUUAUAAAAAAAGAAAAGUUGGUAAAGGUGAAUCAUGUCCUUCAGAUUUCCUUGCUGUAAUACUGACUGUGUAUUUUGUUUUCUUAGCCAGGAUUUUGUUUACGUAACAGUUGGCUUUAAGUCAUUAAGUUAUGAAUUGCAGGAGGAGAAGUUAGUGUACGACGUUUUUGCUAUGUUUGGUAAGUUGCAACACUGAGAUGGAAAUAUGAAGUAACCUGUCGGAAUUCAGCCAGGGAGGGCAGGCGGCCGUGUGUAGCUUAGCAGGGGCCAUGGGGUGAGGUACGCUGUAAAAACAGGCUAAACUAUUUGUUACCAAACCAGAAAAGGAAUUCAACAAGGUUUACCUUGAAGAUUCUAUGCUUUAUUAAGAUUUGUCCAUGCAUGUACAUGUUGUGGUUCAAUUCUAUCCUUGUCUUUAAUUUUUAUUUUCCUUUCCUUUCCUUCCUUUACCUUCGUGGUAAACGUAAAGUAAAAUAAGCAUCGCGCACAUGAGGUUCUACCUGAAAAUACGUUUUGGUUGAAUGUUCCUUUAGAAAGAUAAUAUAAGACAUAUAACGACAGUUCCAGUUUAUCAUGGUCUAGCCAACUAAUUUUUCGAUAUUUUUUGUUUGUUUUCGUUUUUCUUUUCGUUGCAUGUUGUAUCCCAGGUGAGAUUGGAGGUAACAUGGGUUUGUUCCUUGGCUGCAGCGUUCUGACACUCUGUGAGUUUAUCGAGUUCCUGUGCAGUGUAAUGGCAGCCAAAUUGUGCAAACGUACCAACAUCCCACCAGUCACUUCAUUACAGUGACGGGAAGCUAUAGUUCAAGGCUGACAACGAACUGUUAAUUCAACAACCCACGUAUUGAUGGUUGUUCUUAGAACAUGACUAUUAGGCAUUAGGUCGGUAGCUUUAUCCAAUAAGAAGAUGUAGUGAGCAAUAUUUCAACACCUUAACUGAGCUAACCUCUUAAAAUGGCCGACGUCUUAUCCACGAAUGUAAAAAAGCAGCUGAUAUUUAUUGUUACUAGACAUUCCCCAUGAAUUUCCAAGACAUUCUGAAAACCUUAAGAUUCAUAAAAAAAGGUUCCUGUUCCCAAAAAGUCUUAUGAAACAUUCCACAAGAAAAAUCCCUUUAUCAGCUAGUCAAAAAGUCAAGUCUGUUUGAACUCCUUAAUUUGCAAGCCUUCUCUCAGGUCGAUGCGUUUUCUUGUUUACACCCUCCCUCGCAAAACAAAAGCCUGGAAGGCUACAGCAAUUAGCGUCUACAGACCAAAGAUAAUUCCUUUCGACAAACUUCUCAACCGGCCAUAGUUGCCGUGACGUCAUCAAACAGCAGUCAGUAUUUCCUGUCGCAAAUUUCGACUAUUUGUGAGUGUGAUUUUCAAUUUUGGGAAUUCUAGAGGCUAUAACUUAAGAAGGCUGUAACAUUUACCUGACUAAAGACUCGAUUGUUUUCAACAUUUACGUAAGAUUAAUUAAGGCUAAUCUAACACACUAAGCGAAAAUAAAUCUUUACUGAAUUCCAAAAGAAAUCUUAGUUUUUACAUGACGUGAUUAUGUUUAACUGCACAGUGCGCUGCAUAAUUAUGUCUUCCGCAGAGGCACAGUUCAUCCUGCACUACAGCAAUAAAGAAAGAAUAAAACGCGUCUUUUUUGUCCUCGGCUCCAAUGUCGCGUCUUCUCUGUUGUAUCCAUAACUGUUGCAAAGGUCAGCGGCCAAGCUUUAGACAAAACUUGAAAUAAAUCCUUCUCCUUAGACGCCUAAAAUGGAGAAUAUGUUCCUAUCUUGGACUUGAGGGUUUCUCUGAUGUGCUUAAAGAUAUUUUUUUGUGUGAUUACCUCAGUUCAUUUCAUGGUGUCUUAUACGUCUUAAACUGUCCACCUCCAACAUUCCCAAGUACGUAUAUAUAGAACUUAUUACCUUCUGUCAGCGCCCUCACCCGACCAGAUCGAAACACAACUGACCUGUAGUAAACAAACGGACGAACGAACGAACAAAGGCCGGCCUUUUAUUUUUGCCGAUCGUUUCUGGUUUUCGUUUUAAAUGAUGACAUUUUGCUAACGGAAGACUGUCAGGAAAACACCUUGCGCGGAUCAUAAGUGACAACGUCCCGCACCUAAGUAUGCUGGAGAGCUCCAUACAAUUCCUUAGAAUAGAAGUCUGUUCUCAGGAAUUGUAUGGAGCUCUCCAGGAUAGUUACAGUGCAAGCCCUGUAAGUCUUCUCACCCAGAUGUUUUAAACAUUUUUAAUAUUCAUCCAAUAGUGUAAGACAUAACUGAAAAUCUUUUGUUUUCAUUGUUUUCAUUUCGUUUCAUGACAAAAGCUAGCUUAACAUGCUUAACCGAGAUAAGCGUAAGUUAAAACUACCUAAUUACCAUCUAACAGUUUGUACUUUAAUUAAUGUGUGAUUCGCACACGUGAUCAACAUUUACUUCUUAGAGGAGGCAUAGGUUUUUAAAAGCUCAUAACUCUUUUUUGUUUUUUUUUUUAAUUUUUUUUAAUUUUUUUGAAGAAUAUUUUUCUUGUAAUAUCCCAAACUACGACCUUAUUAUAUGGAUGAGAAUAGUAUAGAAAAUUAGCGUAAUUGAAUAAUUCAGCUCAACAAGUAAGGGAACAAGGGAUUUUCGAUUUUUGAUUAUUAUUUCCCCCAUCAGUGGAUUUUGCAUACAACAAUAUUUAUCCAGAGGAAAAUGAAUUUUUUUUACUCAUUUGUUAUGUUCAAGCUACCGCAUACUGUAAAGCUAAUAAAUAGUUUAGCAAAUGGUUUGAUAUUUCACAGCCUCGUUGCGUUGAAGGGAGACUGGCUUCCCGAGAUCACUGGUUCUAUUUCUGUUGGUAAGUUAAAUUCAUUUAUCAUUUACUUUAAAAAAGUAGCCUUUCAAAUGUGGACUAGACUGGAAGUGAAAUAUUCACAGUGAGUUUAACUUUACAAAAGCUGAAAGAUGUCUGGGCGAAAGAAUUCCUUCCCAAUAUCUUGACAUGGCCUAUUCUUCUUUAAGGCCGUAACUGGGCGUGUCGAAAUUAAUCCAGCUGUUUCCCCUCGGAUUCGCGCUCCAACAAGAAUCACUAGAUACACUAGCAAUCCGGAUCGUGAUCACUUUAUUUUUAAUCAGGCACUGCAAAACAAUAAUCUUUCAAAGAUCGGUUUUUAACAGAACUAGUAGAAUAUAGAAUGCUCUUGCUGCAGACCUUGGACUAUCUGUUGCUUGCUCUUAAAGUUCUUAUAAAGCUGUCCUUUACGGUUUUAACGAACAAGCUCUUGUCGCUUCCUACUUCCCUGAUGACCCUCGGUCUUUCAAAUCUAUAUGCUUGACCUGUAACGCUGCCCAUAAUUUAGGGCGGAACAUCGUUUGUUGUUUAUAGAUAGUAUUGUUAGCUUUUACAUUUAUCGAUCUGUCUUGAGCCCGCAGUAAUUGGCGCUCGCUGUUGCGGUGUCCCCGCCUGUACUCAGUCCUGCGAAUACAUGUACACUUUUUUUUCUGUGUCAAUUAUCUUGUUGUUUGCAAAGUUAAUAGAAAUAAAAUAAAAAAUAAUCACAUGACCUCAAUAAUGCCCUCUGACUGGGUACUAUAUUUGCUACACAAUCAUCUCAUACUACUAGGUAAAAUCCAACAGAGAAAGAGCGCUUAAUUUUGAAAACCAAUUUAAAAAUGUCUACUACACGCGAUGCUUAUGUAAUUUAAAUUUCUCUGACAAUUAGUUCUGGGGAGGUAAAUUGAGUUGUUUUGGAACAAACGACUUCGCACUGCUGUUUUUAUGCUUCCCACCGUUCCAGCUUUAAACUGACGGUCAUAAAUGAAACUUGGUACAUGUACAUUGUGGUCAAUUAGAAAAAAAAAUUUUCAAAUACCACGCAGGUCAAGGUGUAAUAACAUAUGGGCAAAACCGGUUGUUACAAGGUAAGCCCUCUUCAUACAUAAUAAAACAAUCAAUUAAAUAGUCACUACAUUGAUGUUUUCGUACAUUAUAAUUUAAGUAUAUUUUCAUACCAAGCGGUCAGGUGUUGUAUGCAUUUUCACUGUUCACCCAGUAGUCUUAAAAAUAAUGGAACCUCUAUGCAUUAGUUUUUUUUUAUUGUUAUCAUGUCUUUCAAUGAGAAAAUCUAACUUUGUACAAAUAAAUUAAAUCGUAUCGUAAUUUUACCUCUCAGAAGGAACCAGGCAUUUAAAAGGUCGUUUCCAUUUUUUUUUUUGGUCGUAACUUCUUUUUUCACAUUUAAAUUUUUUUGGAAGAAAACUUUACUUGUACCAUACCAAUCAAGGAUUUUUCUAUUUUGCUGAGAACAAUGUAAGAAAUAAGCAUAAGGGAAUAACUCAGCUCAACAAGUAAUAAAAAGUUAAGAGCGUUUGGAGGGUUUUCGAUUUUUAAUUCUUAUUUCAUUAUUUACAAAUAAGCUCCAUAAUUUAUACUAGAUUUGCAUAAAAUAAUUCAUCCAGCUGGGGGAAAUGAAAUGUUCAAGCCACCACAUACAUUGCGCUGUUAAGAUAACAAAUAGUUAAGCAGGUGCUUUGAUAUUUCAUAGCUUUUUGCAUUGAAGGGAGACUACCAGAUCUGUGGUUUGCAUCAGUUUGUUGGUAAGUUAAAAUCAUUUAUCUUUUGAUUAACAAAUAUAGCCUGUAAAAAGUCAGUUUUGCCUAUUCCAAUUUCAAUUUAUUAAGGUGUGGAACAGAAAAAACAUAUUUGUGUCGUUUCCUUGCUGGCGGCUAAAAGUAGAACCUGUCACAACGGAUACUAUAUACCGGGCACGGGAUACGGUGAAACGUGAAUUCACGGACUGAGACGUAAAUCUCGCGGCAAAGUUUAAAAAGCAUCACUUUUAAAAUCAAUCUAACAUUCUCAUAAAUAUAAACACGCUAAAAGAUUGGUGACUCAUUGGUUCUCCACAAAUGAUAAAAUUUAUCGGUGGUAAAACAUACAGGAAUCUUGCAGUGUACGUUUUUUAACACGUUGUCUGAGAAAACCGGGCAGAGGCCACGGAUCGAGGUCAACCGAUUCCUUUCAUCUUUCGGCUGUUUUCAACCUUCAUUGAGACAGGAUGAAUGGCGGUAUUCUUAAACUUCAUCAGCUUUUAGUUUCCGAGAUCAGACCACCCCCGCUAAAAACCAGCCGACAGCAACUGAAAAUACGUGUAAUUUAGAUGCUUAACUUCGGCAACGCGUAAAAUUUUUUCUCGCGCUGCAAAUACCUCCAACUUCAGGAUACUAUUAUUUCGAUAGACCUGCUAUCAUUCUAGGUCAUCAACGGCCACUUCCAACCAUUUAUCAAUGUCUUAAAGCCAAAAUAAUUUGCACAUAGAAAAAUUUUGAAAUAUUAUUUGCUUGAUGAACCACUUUUUCAAAAAUCGUUUUCUCACAAAGGCGGCAGUUUGUGAGGAAAUGAAAUACUUCUUUGUACUCACUAUUACCCCUACUAUACAUGUAAAAAAACGGAAGUCUGGAACCUGGUAAAUUACAAACGGUGUUAACGAGAGUUAAAAGUCCAUUUUAUCGCCAAUAUCGGGCGAAAGGUCAUGUCACGGAAAGUUUGUCACGCAUUCUAAAUUGAUCGAGACUUAGAUAAAUCUUACUGAGAAAUUCGGUACAUUACAAAAUACAAAAUUCGGCUUCUUAUUGAAAAAGAAAGUUUAUAAAAUAAGGCUAUCCGUCCAAUAUCAGCAUUCUUUCUUUGAAAACUGUUUCCGUUUUGUUUACAUUUGCGCGAUGGCACAACGCCAGUUUUACAGUCCGCAGAUUCUUCGGGAAAAAAUAAUAAAAAGUAAAAAACGUCUUUCGGGGAAUUUUCGAUAUAAACUUGGCUAUUAGAAUGACGGCUGAAUUCAACUGACAAAAACUUUAAUAUAUUAAUUUUUAUGGGGCUCUCUUUUAGAGAAACUUGAAUAAGUUUUCUUUACUUUUUGGGAUUUCACCUGUCAGUCAUCCUAAUUACAAAAUUUUCACACACGCUUCGGAAAACAUUCAUCACUUUCUGUCGACGUUAAAAACGAAAGCAUCUUCAAAAUGAGUUGCUCCUUUUUUUCCGAAGAUUCACAUUGUGGACCUGCACCGGGAAAAGAGGAUAUUACUAUCGUUCCAGUAAAGUCGUGUGCGAAUAAUAUAUUUGACCAUCUGUCCGCACUCGGUGUAAGUGGAAAAACGCAAAGUGGAAAUACGCAAAUUGGCGAAGCUGAAGUCCUUUUUAACCGUGGCGGUUUGAUCGCGCCCAGCCAAAAACAGGUAGACGAAUUGACUGUGUGCCCACGGCAUAGAUAUCUCUUGACAAAUGGAUGGCCGGGUAGAAAGCGAUUGACAUGUUUUCAUCCUGAUCAUCUGGGAAAGCGCACGAAGCAGAAUAAUGCUCGACGCGUCAACCUGGAAAUGUCGAGAAGCAUAUAUUUCUUGGAAAACCAUUCAGUUCCACUUGGAGCAGGUAUGAGAAAACAUUAGUACAUGCAUUGAUAGAACACCUCUUGCCGGAGAACAUUAUCAGUGACUUACAGUUAUCAUAACUGAGCUUGGGUAGCCUGUGAUUCUACAGAAAGGAUCUUAUUUUUUUGGUAUCUUGAGUAGAAACCCUAGUUUAUUUCCAUCUCGACUGUGUAAAGAGUGAGAAAGGAGUGAAUGUUCCUUAUUUUUCCACCCAAGCAUUUUUUGUGAGAGAAAGCAAAAUCAGGACACGUUAUUUAUUUAUCUAUUAAUUUAUUUUGCCUUGGCCUCGUUAGUUAUAUGUACAAAGUGCAGAAAAAGACACUACCAGAUACGACAAGCAAAGCAACUUGAGACAACUGUAGUGGUAAGUUCAUACUACCCUGACUAGCAAUUUUACAUUACAGUUAAAUCUGAAAAGCGAAUGACACAUAUAACUAAAACACAUAAAUAAAACGCAUAGUGGUUACUGUGUGGCACUAAAUUUUUCUCGUGGAUGCUAAAUUUUGCGGGGGUGCUUUGCGGGGACUAUGUUUUGAAUUAAUGAAGACUUAACAGCAAGAGAGGAUAAAGGGGACAGAGAAGGCAUUCCCCAUACACACCCUAUUCCUUAGGUAAUUCGUCUCGAGUUAUUUUUAACACCACAGAUCUCAAGGGGGAUUAGACAACAGCCAAUCACAUAGCGCGAAUGUGUUCCGCGUUGAUCACCCACGCUUAGAGGCACGCGUCCUUCACGCGAAACCUCCACGAAACAUCCACGCAGCCCGCGAGGUAACUUUAUCCCGAUUCUAAAAAUAACUCGAGACGAAUUACCUAUGGAAUAGGGUAUGUAUGGGGGACGCCUUCUCUGUCCCCUUUAUCCUCUCUUGUUAACAGCUAUUUCGAGAAAGGUUGUCGGAAAAAAUGUGCACGCGACAAUCCUGAAAGGUUUGGAAUAUUAUCAAUACACUGAUCCUGACACUGUAGCUGUCGAACCUACUUUUGUUGCUUUCCUUUAGCACUCGCAAACAUACGUCCAUGGCCUCUCUCGUGCCAUUCUUUCAAAAUUUCUUUAAAGAACAGUAAACUCAAAACCACCCACAACUAUACUUUGGGGAUUGUCGCGUGCACUUUUUCCGACAACCUUUCUGGAAAUAGCUGUAUACUCUUAGUAAGUUGGCGAAAACAAUUUUGUGUUAAUUACCAACGAUCAGCCUCGCGAAGGCGCACUGUGAGUACAAUAUAUAAUAAUUAUUUUUAUUAUACAUUGUACUCGCGUUCUGUCGUUUCAUUGGCCAGGUUACUCAGUUAUAUGCCAGCAGAUUACUGGCUACUCUGUAGGUUGGGCGCGCAAUGUAUGAUUUCCAACUAGAUAGCGACGUGUGUUUCUGUACGAUUGCAUGUUUGUCGUUUCUUCAAAGCAAUGUAUAAUAAAACAGGUAAAACAAUAAUUAGAUUCGGUUUUUGUGAUAUCCGAAAUAAUCAAGGUUUCGGUAAGUGUUAUCAACCUCGCCCUUCGGCUCAGUUGAUUGAUGACACUUUCCUCGAUCUUGAUUAUUACGGAUAUAUCACAAAAACCGAAUCGAAUAAUUGUUUAUUAUUUUCUCGUGAUGUUAGGAGAGCCCUCUUGUCAUUCAGGAUCAAGAGCCGUCAGCGUUAAUGACUUCUGCUAAUGAGUCCCCCGAGCUACCAAAUAUCAGCUCUACUUCAGCAUAUGAAAGUGAAGUUGACAUUUCAGCCAUGGAUUCAGUGAUUGAAACGGAGGACGAGGCAGAAACAAGCUUGUGGAUUGAUGAAAAAGAAUUGCAACACGAGAAGAGAGAAACGCUAACAAUGCCGUUGCAAAGCUUACUGAAGGUCGUUACAGCCCUAUUGCAUCAACACUAAACACUUCAUGGGAUGAUGUGUCAGUCACACAGCAAAAAUAUUACCAGCGCAAAAUGAAGGAGGUUAUUCAAGCAGCAUUAUCUGUUGUUGUUCCUGGGCAAGAAGAGUACAUGUGGAACUGUUUGCGAGAGGAAAGGGAAAUUGCAGAUGUAAGUGAGGAACCACCAGCGAAAAGAAAACGAAUAGACACUGGCCUUGUACAAACGCUUAUAUCUGCCCAUAACGACGCUGAAAACUGGCAAACUAAGCGCCAGAUUCUUUCCCUUUUUGUAAAUGACUUUAGCAAAACCGAGCUUCAAGAAAUGAUCUCAGGCCUAUCGAAAUGGCGGAUUGACCAAGCCCGUUGCCAUGCCACUGACGUAGGCGAAGGCCAGCCCAUUCAUGAUAAGCCUAUUUUUCGCGUACGCUUAGACCCCGUGAAGACGGAUCAUUUCGUUGACUACAUAUCAAGACCUUGCUUCUUACAAGAUGUUGCAUACGGCACCCGAAAACUGAAAAUAGACAGUGGUGGACACGCUGUAAUACCUGCAGUGAUAAGAACCCUAAUACCGUCAAGGAUUAUUGCACAAUAUCAAGCUUACUGUAGAGAAAUUGGUUUUGAUCCGGCAAGCGAACGGACUCUCUUCAGGAUUUUAGAAGUCUGCUCCGCUUCCAUGCAGAAGUCAUUGCAUGGCCUCGAAUAUAUUACCACGGACGGCGUGCAAGCAUUUGAUUCACUUGAAGACAUGGUCAGUACUCUCAAAGCUGCUAAAGCCGUAACUUCCAACUGGGAAAAAGAAGCCAAACAGCAACUCUCAGAUGCAAAGAGAUACCUUAAAGCCGACUUCAGGUUGCAUGUGAGCAAGGAUGAGAGGUGUGCAGACCAUUGUACAAUGUAUGCACUGAGUGACCCCAAUGAUCCUCCAUUUAAGGGCACGUGUAGUCAUGUUCACGACAUCCGCUGUGACGCCUGUCGUGGUCAUUAAACAGAUUGGCGCUGAAAUAGAGGGUGCAUUCAACGAAGAUGGUGAUUUUUUAACUAAACGAAAGUUUCAGUUUGAGCACGGUAAAGCACAAGAAGCCAUAUGCGCAUGGAAAGCGCAUAGUCUGCGCGCUGUUAACCAAGAUCUUGCCAAACAAGAUGUGUUGAGUGCGCUUGACGGUGGUAGCUGCCUUAUCGUCAUGGACUGGGCCAUGAAAUAUUUACCUCUGUACUACAGAGAACAAAUGAGGGAUUUCUUUGGAAAGAGAGGUAAGAGCUGGCACGUAAGCUGUGUAAUUGAGAAAGAGGAGGACAGCUAUUCAGUGCAGUGUUUUUCUCAUUUAUUUGAAGAAUGCAAACAAGACUGGUUUGCUGUCGCAUCCAUCGUGGAGAAUCUUUUAGAGAUUCUUAAGAGAGAGAAGCCAUUCAUUUCAGAAGUGUUUCUUCGCUCAGACAAUGGCGCAUGCUAUCACAACCCAGCCUUGUUGCUUGCUCUUCCAGCCAUUGGUUCAAGAACUGGGAUACGUAUCCGUAGAUACGAUUUUUCAGAACCACAAGCAGGGAAAGACAUAUGUGACUGAAAAAUAGCUCCGAUGAAAGCCCACAUUAGACGAUAUGUGAACGAGAAGCACGAUGUGGCAACUGCUGCAAAAAUGAAGGAAGCUCUUGAGUCUCAUGGAGGUGUCAAAGGGAGGAGAGUAGCUGUUGCCGCUGUUAACUUAGCUAAUGAAACUGGUGGGACAAACAAAAUCAAAGGAAUUAGUAAGCUCAACAAUUUUGAGUUUACAGAAGAGGGAGUUCGCAGUUGGAGUGCAUACCAAAUUGGUCCCGGAAAACUGGUGUCGUGUGAAGGAAUGAAAUCACAGGGGAAGACUGGAUUGAAGUUGUUACAACCUUUUGGGGCAAUUCCCCAGGCCCAAGGCAUUUUCAACACGAGGCCCACUUAUAAAGAGCGAUCCGCCAAAAAUCAGGUCUUUUUCUGCGAGACACCAGGCUGCGUGGUAACGUUUGAAAACGAAGCACAAAAUCAUAUGGACACUGGAGUUCAUAAGCUUGUUUUGGAACGCGAAACACUUUACGACAGUGUGCGAAGAAAAUGGGCGCAGCAUGUUACCGAAAUAGCUUCCCGGACGACUCUGAGCGUGCCAACUACAUCAACCCGAGCACUUGGUACAAAAAACGGAAAUGAAGCUCCCACUUCGCAGGGUUGGGCACUAAAAGGUCAAAAAACUGCUACUAAGAACUCCGAGAACGUUAAAAGUUUUUUGAUUGCAAAAUUCAAUGAGGGCCUCAGUGGCCAGAAGGCAAAUCCGUCAGAAGUCGCAAAGGAGAUGCAGGAACCUAAGGACUCGAAUGGUUCACCUGUAUUUUUGCCAGAGGACUGGAAACUGCACGGCAAAUAAGCAGCUUUUUUUCACGACUGUCAGCAUUAAAGAAAAGCAGUCAUGUCACUGCAGUAACAUUACGUGAUGAAGAAAAUGUCGAUGAAGAGGAUCUUAGGAGCUGGGAAGGUCGCUUAGAAGCAGAGAGUAUACGGAAGGAAGUGUACAGUGCAGUGGAUCUUCAACACCCAGUUUAUUCUGAAGGCCACAAUAUUUGCUUGAUGGCAAAAGAGAGAAAGCUUAAAAAUCUCAAAGUUGUAGACCUAAAGAACAUCUGUACAAAUCUUUCUUUGACGACCACUGGAAAUCAGCAAAGAAAAGUUACCUUCAUAAACGCCAUUGAGGAGUUAGUUAAUUGUUGUUCAUGUAGCAAUUUGUAGUAAGACAUCGACUGUAUCGGGGUCGAUUAACUUAAAACAGUCGUAUGAGAGAAGCCUAGAUGACUCAGUCAGAGACCAAAUUAGUGGUGACGCAAUUUUUUACGAUUGCUAUUACGGCAUUUUGACAUUGUAUAUAGUAGUUAAGAGUGUGUAUUAAGGACACCUUAACAAUCGUUACAAAUUUAUGUAAAUUUAUUUAAAUAUAUUUAUUUACAUACGCGCCUAAUUAGCCUAAUUAUUCAGUAGAGCGAUUUUCGUAUAACCUUGAAAUGAAAACAACAAAGGAACAGAAAUAAAGCGGUUUGAUUGGUUUAUCGAACGGAUACAAACGCACGUGACUUUUGGUUGGUUAAGCGAACGCUCGGGUAAAAAAGUUUAUGCCCGAGAACUUUUAGAAAUCAAUGGGAUACUUCGCUUUGAUGUCAUACUGCAACAAGAUUGGCCAAUCAAACAAUGCUUUCUUCCCUUUUAUUGGGUUUUCUUUGGCGGGAAAACGAAUAGUCCAUGUUUUGAUCUUUUCAUCCAUUGGCCUAUAAAACAAAUAACGAACACUUACUGAAACCAUUUUCAAGGUCAUACGCAAUUAGCUCUACUGAAUAUUUAGGCUAAUUAGGGGCGUAUGGUUAACCAAGACCUUCUAACCCGUUUUUUAUAACCUUUUGACUUAAAUGAGGGUAAGUUAUGGCUUGUUAUUAGAAGCAGGCACGACUGUUUUCCAUUUUUUUUACUGACCAUAGAUGAAGGCAAAACUGUGGAUAACGAAAUCACUAGGCAAAACAGCGUGGCAGAGUCUGCCCGGUAGACCCCUACGUUCACCUGCUAGCUAGGUCAAUCCAACUCACAUGAAAAUUACAACAAGGAAGGUGUUUUUUAACCUCUGGAGCCCUGUUAAAACGCCGCGGUUUGCUAAGGCUGGUUUAAUUGGUUGCGAAUAAACCAAUCACCAUCUGUGGGAUUGAGCGGUGUGAACUUGGAUAUCCCUAGCUAGCUUAUCCCGCCAAUUGAUUCUUAUGUUUUAGCUCAAAACCAUUAAAUUCGUAACCUACGUGCGUCAAAAUCUCCGAUAAACUCCUCAUGCGCCUGCUUUUCUGGGAAAAAGUUUUUUAUUUAUUAUCCAAGUGUUCGGCAGCGAAAAAAUGUGGAUUUCUUUACACCAAUCAUUAGUUGUUCAUUCUGAGUCUCCCUCUUUAUCCAUGGUUUCCAUGUGGGAAAUUGGCUUGCCUUGCUCUUCCAGGUAUCUCGGCCAUGGCUACCAUGUCUUAAUUUGGUCAUGGUUAAGAGGGUAUGUCUUUGCGAAAUAGUUUUUUAUUCUAGGCACUUAUCCUUCGUUUCAGUAGCUGAUAAGAAUAAGUACAUGUAAAGGGCUUGUAUACGACGGAACAUGUACCGAGUUCAUGGCGGUCUUUUUGUUCAAUAUCAAGAAUUAUGCAAUUUGAUACCGGCAUCAUUCACUUCUGCUAGAAACGGGUUCCACAAUUCGCUCGCAUUAUGCGUUUAUUGUUGUUGUUGUUAUUUUUUAAAUUCCUUUUUGUAUGAAUAGAGAUAAAUGGUCAACGUUUUUACUUUUCUGACCCAUAAACAAUCGAGGAGUUAACAUUUGUUUGAGUAAUGUUAGUUAUGUGCGAUCAAACCGUGCGUGACAAACUGGCCGUGACGUGACAUAUCGCCCGCAUCGGUGAUAAAGUGGACCUCAAACUAUCGCUGGCAGCGCCUCUAAUUUACCAGGUCCCAAACUUCGGUUUUUUUACAUGUAUAGUUAGGGUAAUAAUGAGUACAAAGAAGUAUUUCAUUUCCUCACAAACUGCCGCCUUUUUGAGAAAACGAUUUUUGAAAAAGUGGUUCAUCAAGCAAAUAAUAUUUCAAAAUUUUUCUUUGUGCAAAUUAUUUUGCCUUUAAGACAUUGAUAAAUGGUUGGAAGUGGCCGUUGAUGACCUAGAAUGAUAGCAGGUCUAUCGAAAUAAUAGUAUCCUGAAGUUGAGGGUAUUUGCAGCGCGAGAAAAAAUUUUACGCGUUGCCGAAGUUAAGCAUCUAAAUUACACGUAUUUUCAGUUGCUGUCGGCUGGUUUUUAGGGGGGGUGGUCUGAUCUCGGAAACUAAAAGCUGAUGAAGUUUAAGAAUACCGCCAUUCAUCCUGUCUCAAUGAAGGUUGAAAACAGCCGAAAGAUGAAAGGAAUCGGUUGACCUCGAUCCGUGGCCUCUGCCCGGUUUUCUCAGACAAAGGCAAUUAUUUUUGUAGUCUUCUCCAAAUUGUGAGCCUUUUUGUGGAUUUUGUUGGCUCUUUUUUGUUCGUCUUCUUGUUUCUGAACAUUUGAGGUGAUACCCUUGACACUUCUUUAUAUUCAGCAACUCGAAUAAUUUAAAAAGCCUUAAAAUCUCUGGUUAAAAAAAGUUACUGGAGAGACUCAGAAAACAUGCUAAAAAAUGAGUUUUUAAGUCCAAGGUCCUUUCAAAUCACAUUUACUGUAACUAUAGAAUCCCUUAAUAGUCAGAGUAUCGUUCCCUUCAGUUUAUUAAGGGGCUUUCGUCAUUUUUACACGAGUCUAGUUACAUCAGAUUCCCACUGUUUGUUGGAUACAGCGACUGUCAGCAUCGAAGGAUUUUUUUGAAAAAAAAAAAGUAAUAACUGAUAAUCCAGGAGGAAAAUGUGGGCAUUGCAAUUCUCACUGUAGAAGCUUACUACCGAGAGUGCUUUUAAGUGAAAAUUAAUGAUAGUAUAAAAACUUUUUGCAUUAGUUUUUGCAUUUAAUAUGAGGAAUAAAGCAAAGGAAAUUUCAUUAAAUUGCAUAGCUAUGCGUAAUCUAUUUAACAUAGUUUAUUUUGCCUCCUUAAAAUUUCACUAUUGUGGCAAUCUUCACAAUGGAAAUUGAGUUAAAGUAGUCUCCUUUAAUUACACGUUCCAAGUUCUAUAUAUUUUUUUGUUCCCUUCACAAUUUGCAAUCAAAUAAAUGAAAACAUGACCGCAUUAUCAUGAUUGUAAUAUCAAAAGCACUUCCCUGAAACUAAAAGUUUUCUUUUAUUUGUUACUAGUGGUUGGCUCCACUUUAUAAAUAGUUCUUGCUUUUUUCUUGCGCAUGUGUAAUACUAGAAUUGAGAGAAAUAAGAAUCCAGUUAUUCUUUAAAUUGCAGUACUCUUGACACAAUAAACCAUUUACUUGAAAUAAUAAAAAAUAAUGAUAUACUUAAAAGUUUCUGGGUAUGUCAAACUGAUAUCAAUAAAACCAUGAUUUUUGAAUUCAACAAAUCAAACUUUGCAAGUAAAAGCCUUCAUGCAUGGCUGAGUCAAUUCCUGUAUGCCCAUCACAUAAACCCCAGGAAGGUACGCAUCAUGUAUGUUUGAAACAGCUAAAUAUAAAGUAAAUAAAUUAAUAAUUCAAAUAAAAAUCCCUCAUAAUGAAGAAACUAGCGACAAGAUUAUGACGAAUGGUGACUAAGGGCCUGUUUACAUGCAGGUGGGGGGGCUACAGAUAGUUGAGGUAGCAUGCGGCGGGUCACCCCAUCUGCCAUGAUGUAAACGUGAUCAAGUUAAAAUGAGAGAUUGUAUGGAAAGGGGGGUUACCCCAAAGCGGGUUACCUUAAUUAACUACGGCUGAGGUUCCACACCCCCAUGUAAACAGGCCCUUAACAGUAGUGUUUUGAUAUAUUCAGGUUGAUGAGUGCAAUCGCACAACCUCGCAAAUAGCCUUCAAAUAUCCCAGGAGGGAGGUGACGCUUAGAAUUGAUGAACCGUCACGCAACUGCUCUUUUCUUUUUUUUAUUUUCAGAGCGUAAAAAAUCCUAACAUGAAUGAUAAGAAAUUAGAAGAAGAGGAAGAAAGGAAACAUCAUCGCAGCCUUUCACAAAAAUGGACAGCAUUUAUUGAAAAUACCACUUUGCAUGGUAUAAGGAAUGUUUUACCAUCGCAAAGACCAAAGGUCUCCCGAGUGGUUUGGUCUGUUGUAAUGCUGACCUUUGGCGCAUAUUUUAUUUACACCUUUUAUAAGGCAGUGAACAAAUACCUUCAAUAUCAUACUGUCACCUCGAUAACCAAGAAUUACGAACAGAAUAUGUCGUUUCCGGCAGUGAGUAUUUGUCCUGACAAUUUAUUCAGCAGAAGAAAAAUUAUGAUGCGGGACGACGAUCCCUUUUUUGCAGCCCAAGGCCUAAACAUGAGCGCAUGCGAGGCUACUAAGGAGUUACGUCAGAGGGAGAUGAACAACAUGUCUUGUGGAUUAGCAAUGAUCUGCUGCUGUGCCUUUUUUGGUUAUAAAACAAAUCCAAUUUAUUACCCCAACUGCACUAAACAGAGAAGGAGUGCAUUGCAAAAAGCACUUGAAGAAUCUGGGGUUCUUUUCAACAUGGAACAGUUCUUCACAGUCUUCAGCCCGGAUCCAGCAGAAAUGCUAUCUCAUUAUUUUGGAUGCCUCUUCCAAUGGAGUGAAAACUGCUAUCACUCAGAUUUUGAAACCGAAGUGACACAAUAUGGAAUAUGCCAUACUUUUAAUUCUGGCAAAAACAAUCGAUCCAAAGUUUCCUAUAGGGGUGGAGUGAGCAGUGGACUGGCAAUAAUGCUGAAUGUGAGUCAGUCAGAUUACACGCUUGGCCACAAGAUAGCACAAGGGUUCUCCAUAUCGAUCCAUGCCCAGGGAGAAAGCUUCAAUGCCUUUGAUGAGGCAUUUAGUGUAAUGCCAGGGACAUAUGCUACCAUUUCGCUUUCAGAGCAAAGAGUAGGUUUGGUUUAUGUCUUUCUUGAUUUCAUGUUCUUUGCCUUCAGGAGAUUUAAUAAAAUAAGAAAAACUGGUAUCACUUUAAGCUAGAGUCAAAUUUUAGUUUCGGAGAUUUCGUUUCUCACGUGUCCAAAUGCUGUUUAUUUGAAAAUGUUGACAAAGUUGACUUAGAAAGGUUAGGAUGCAGUGACCUUCCCUCCUUAACUUGAAUUGCUUGAAAAGGUUGAGCCUACGUUUAGAAGUUCUGAUUAUUCGUUGGUAACUGGUACUAGCUAUUUUUGCUUUCUUACACCUCAGUUUAUAUCAUUCCUUUUAUUAAGCUAUUUUUAACCAACUCCUUAAAGUUUAUGAAAAUGGUAUUAAAGUUCUCUUUCGGCAAAAAAAGGAAUAAUGAGGAUGACCUUUCAAGUUUUUGUUUGUAAAGAGAAAUAAAUGACGCAGCUACCGAUAAUGAUGAUGAUGGUGAUCAUGAUGAUGUUGAUGAUAUCAUGAUUUUCUUUUUCAUUCAAAGUUCAAGCAUCUUGAUAGAUAUGGCAAGAAGUGCAAGACAAUGAAAUUGAAAAGUUUUUCUCGAUAUACUACAGACGGUUGCCUGGAGGAGUGUUACGCUAAACGUUAUAUGGAAUACUGUGGCUGUCGUCCGGCGGGUAUCACUGGUAUAUAUCAGCAGUCCCCACCCAAUUUCUUUUAAUGUUUUACUGUAUGUUGUACAUGUUGCUGUUUCUUAUAAAAGUAUCUCUCUUACUUUGAUAACAUGUUAAGUGUAUGUUCGUCAAAGAAAAGAUGUUGAAUGGCAAGUUUUGCUUUUUUGGUUGGUCUCUCCGGAUCCGCUAUUACUGUGCAUGUUUUAUGUUCCGGUGGAAAACCGCCACCUGACAGGAUCAAAAUGGAGGUGUAUGGCUAUGAAAAACGGGAAAACAGUAUUAACAUCAGCUUUAAUUUCAAUCGUGUGAUUCCAUAUCGCAUUUCUGUGUGGUUAGUGAGUUUCGUUUAAAUUUUUUAAAAAUCAAUUUCGUGAGGACAUGACGUCUCUUUCACUUUCAUUGCAACAAUCGACCAUCGAAAUAAUGGCGGAAUGUCCGAUCAAAAAUUCACGGCAAUCAAAAUCAUCAGAAUUACCUGUAAGUUCGCACCUAAAAAUUGACACAGACAUAUUUUUAAAGGAUAAGGAAUCAACAGACGUGAUGUCAUUACUGUUAUUCAAGGGCUGGAAAUCACUGAAAAUCGCGAUCGGAAAUCAAUAAAAAUUCAUGACUGAAAAGCGAUGAUUUAAAGUUUAUUAGCAGUUUGCCGAAAUGUUUAUAAGGGGCUCCGCUUUUAGGCUUGUCUAAUUCUAAAUAAUUCUAUAUGUUAACCGUGUUUCAAAAUGUUUCAUCACUUUUAACUGAAAUAAUAAUAAUAAUAAUAAUAAUAAUAAUAAUACAAAAAUAACUUUAUUCAUAGAUUCAAAAAAUAGACUUUUUACAGAUUCAAGAAUAUGAAUAUUAAAAUAUAUACCCUAUGUACAUUCUUCUUGUGUACGAAAGAGAAUUGUCGUAAAAUGACUAUCUAAAAACUACUAAUAACAAUUAUAAAAAGCAUAUGGUCUUAUAAUAAUAAUAAUAAUAAUAAUAAUAAUAAUAAUAAUAAUAAUAAUUAACAACAACAUUAAUAAAGGCCAGAGUUUGCCAGUGGCGUGUUUGCUGUUUCUAGCAAUUAUUCCAUUUGCAAUAAACCGUUCAUAUCGUUCUUCCCUAUCUACUGCAAUCUCCUUUUAAAAUAACAACUAACUAAAUUACGCAAAAACUAAUUAGGACUAAACUGACUUAACCAACUUGUUGCUUUCUUUUAAUUCAGGAUCCAGCUUUGAAGUUUGCCAACAGAAACAUGCAGAUUGUCUUCAUGGUCUUAAAGGUUGAUGACGAGAAAUAACUUUAAAGUUAUAUUUGUUGGUUUAAAAUUUAUUUUCCUUUGUUUUUUGGCAUAUGGCAAUUGAGGGUCAUAAUGAUUAACUAAACUGACACAAUUGAUCCACAACAUGUAGUUUCACUCAUUUAUGACACAUGUACAUUGUAUAUAAGCCUCACCUCAAUAAAAUGUUUAGUAAACUGAUUAACUAAACCAAACGGCAAUCACUAAGUGAUACGCCGAUCCACCCCGCAUUAACGCUGAGUGACGCUCGGCCUCUUACAUUCGGUUAAAGGGACUGGUUCACGAUAAUGCGCAUGUGUGAGUUCUGACAGUAGAGAUUGUUUUCAAUCAAUCGGAAGCGAGUUAGAUGCACGCAAGUAAAUUUACAAAAUUCAAAUUAAUUGUUCGCGACGCGAGAGUAUUUCCGGCCAUGAGUUUAUUUAUCCCAAUAAUUCAAGUUUAUUCUUUGCUACUCCUCAGAUAUAUGUUGCAGCCGAUAAGAAUAAAAUUUACAGCCCUGUCCUGCUUUGAAACAAACAUUUACCAACGUGUAUUUUUACGAGGUCGUACCCACGCUAACAAAGCAGUCACCGAUCGGCAAACAAAAUUUGUAAACAAACAUCUUAUUACUGUUCUCUCAGUUCGCCUUAUAUAAACCCAGAAAUACCUAAAAAUAGUGCCUGACCGGUGACAAAAACACACAACGUAUGAGUAUAAGGAUUAUCCUUUUAAGGAUAUUUUAAAUUUAUGCUGAAUUAAAAUUCAGCAUAAAUUUCAAUUGCUUAUCAGCAAAUGAAGAAAUUAUUCGCGUUGCAUCGGGUCAGUGUUCCGCAAAACAAAUGUUAUCGAGAAGCACACAUAAAGAAACUAGAUUAUAAACAGAAUAUUCAGGCAAUAAUUUAUUUUAAAAACAUCAAUUCUUAAACAUAUACGAUCGUAAAGCAAAGACACAAGGAAAAUUUUAAGUGUACCAGAUCGGUGAAGAUCGCGCGGCCUGGUGCGGUAUAACUACAGGUCGGAGUCAAAAAUCAAAUCAAAGUUGAACGAACUCAUGCCUUUAAACACUUUCCAAGUGUCGUGUAUUCUUUUCGUAAGCCACACACUACUCCUAGAACCAUACCAGAUCGAUAGGCUAAGCUUCUCUAUCUCCAAAAUAAAGGAUUAAAUUAACUGCAAAAACCGUGGACGAAGAUCCUACUAGUUGUAAACGUAAACUAGUUGUAAACGUAAACUAGUUGUAAACGUAAACUAGUUGUAAACAUCUCUAGAGAAGAGAUCAAAUCAGCCAAAAUAUAAAGAACAAGAACGAGAAGUCCGAAGACUACAGCAAAGAAGCAAAGCUGAUUUAAAACAGCGUGUAUUGUUUUUUAUAACAUCUGUAAACCUGAAGAAGGCUGGUAUGGCCAGCCGAAAUAUUGUUAUAAAAAACAAUACACGUUGUUUUAAAUCAGCUUUGCUGUAGUCUUCGGACUUCUCGUUCUUGUUCUAUCUCCAAAGACUCUUGAGAAAGUCCAGUUGCCGGACGGCCACGAUGCUCUUCUGAACCUCCAUGAUCAAAACAUUAUUUUUUGCGUCUUCUUAAAACGUAACCAGUCAAACGACACAACCACACGUUAAUCACCAUUACCGAAGUAUAACUAGACCAGCCAAAGCGACGGAUGUCCGAAUAAAACGAAGGAUUUUCAAUGAUUGUACCGGUAAUGGCGAUUUCGAAUUUAGUGUUGGCCCGACAAAUUUUUUCUGAAGAGACAAACGGCGCGCAUGCGCAUUAUCGUGAACCAGUCCCUUUAAAACUAACGAGUCAGCUUCAUUCAUGUGUUGUGUGUGCACCAAGUGUGCACCAAUGUAUUCAAAAGUUUUUACUUAGUGAGAGUCUGUACUUUCUAACAUUGCUGCUUUCUUUCAUUGUUCUGAGGACACAGUGAAAUGUGACUGUCCAGUCUCUUGUAAUCAGACAAAAUACAAGGCGGAAGUAUCUUUCUCCAAACUCCUUGACAAGACAAUCUCAAGUCCAGUUAGCAAUUGGUUCAGUAAUCUCAACGGGAAUAGGUAACAGUAAUACCUCCUCUAUUAAGGCCCCCUCCCAAAUAAGCUCACCUUUUUUAAAAAGCCACCCCCCCUCUCGAUCAAGGGAAGAAGGUUAUUAAGCCCCCUUCUCUUUAAGCCCCGUCCCCUCCCCUCCCUCCUUGUUCUUCACUACCAAAAUAAAAAAUGGACUGAUCCAGUGUGGUUUAUUCAUAUCUGGAAGUUAGGAUCUUUAGCUCCAAGACCUUUAACGUCAUCUUCCUGAGCAUUUCCCCUUUGCUUCCUCGUUUUUUAUGGAGAAUUGAUACCAUCUUCUGUUUGUUUGAAAAAGUAGUAUGGUCCCCUAUUUCGGUUAAUUGAUUAAGUCCCCCCUCUCAAAUAAGCUCCCACUCUCUAUUACCCCCACCCUGAAACAUCCUUGAAAUAAUACCCCCCCCCCCCGCCCCCCGUGGGGGGCUUAAUAGAGGAUUUACGGUAAUCCAUGUUUGUAAAACAAACUUUAGCUACACAAUGCAUCCGUGUAGUAUCUGCCGUUUAAAAAAAAAAAAGAAAAAUAAAUUUUACAUCUUUGAGGUUUUAUAUUUGAGUUUUGCAGGGGUUAUGAAAAAAGAAAAAUUGGUAAAGGUGAAUCAUUUCCUUCAGAUUUCCUUGCUAUAGUACUGACUGUGUAUUUUGUUUUCGUAGCCAGGAUUUUGUUUACCUAACAGUUGGCUUUAAUUCAUUAAGUUAUGAAUUGCAGGAGGAGAAGCUAGUGUACGACAUAUAUGCCAUGUUUGGUAAGUUGCAACACUGAAAUGGAAAUAUGAAGUAUACAUGGAAUUCAGCCAGGGAGGGGAGGCGGGGGAAACUCCUGUGUAUAAGCGACCAGGGGCCGUGGGGUGAGGUACGCUGUAAAAGGAACUCAACAAGGUUACCUGUCAGAUUCUAUGCUUUAUUAAUGUCUAUCCGUGGACAUGUUGUGGUUAAAUUUUAUCCUUCGUUUAAAUUUUAUUUUCCUUUGUUUCAAACUCAUUAUGGUCAUACAAUACCAUACCCCAAAACAAAGGAAAAUAACAUUUAAACCAAGGAUAAAAAUGAACAGCAACGUUGACAAAAAAGUUAGUUGGUUUCGUGGUAAAGGUAGAGUAAAUUAAAUAUUGUACACAUGCGAUUCUGGUAUGUUCCCUUUGAAAGAUAAUAUAAGGCCGAAAUAAGUGAUUACAGUUACAGUUCGUCAUUUUCGAGCCAACUAAUCUGUCUUUGUUUUUGUUUUUGUUUUUUUUUUCGUUCCUCUUUUUUUCUCGGUUGAAUACCAGGUGAGAUUGGAGGUAACAUGGGUUUGCUCCUUGGCUGCAGCGUUCUGACACUCUGCGAGUUUAUCGAGUUCCUGUGCAGUGUCGUGGCAGCAAAAUUGUGCAAACGU